AUGUCCAUUGGGCCUGACAAGUCGAAUGCGGAGAGACUAUUCAACAUCUACACUCGCAGCGCUGACUGCCGUCUCAUCAAAGUCCACUUCCACCCGAUGGACAAUAGCUACCGUCGCUUGCUCAUAGACCAGGACGACCUCAAGCUGUUUGAUACGCCCAUGUGUUACAAACCCGACAAGAAGGGAACUGUUGUACCGCAGACUAUUUGGCAACCUCUGCAGCGGGGAGACGUACAGCGACAUGUUGAUGAUGCCGAGCUCCUCCCACCCGUCUACUUCAUCGGGACAGAUCAUGUCAUAGGCAUCAAAACGUCGCAGGUUCUGGACGCUAACCUCAGAGCCCCGCCAGGCAUAUACUUUCCCACUGCACCGGCACCCCUCGGCGGGCGGGCUAACACUCACUUCUGUCUUAGGUGGCCCGGCUAUACCGAGUUCAAAAAGCAGGUCGAGCUCAAGAACGCUUCAGGCUCGCCCAUCACGAUGUGGAAGCUGGUUGAGCGAGUCGCCAACUUUGUGGCGCGUUUCAUACAAGAGAUGGCUAAUCAGCCGAUUCAGGAAGGGCAAGGGCCCUGGCGAGUAGGACCAGGAUUCAUCGGCAUCGAUAACAUAUACAUCGUGGGGCUUAUGCAGGUUUCGAGGGGUGUCUGGCAGCCCAUCCUCCAGCUCGACUACUUCAACACAUUGCCCUAG